AUGGUGCUGCAUAGUGAGAGCUUAGGAACCCAAACAACGGGAACAGUUGGGAGGUCAAACGUGGCAAAAGUGGGAGAGGAGACGGAAGAGAUGCGAUACGUUUCAUCUAACCUUGCCACAAUACCUCAGCCAUCAGGUCAACCACCCGUGGAUCCUUCACCGCAGCAACUACCCCCCCCGCCACCUCCACCCCCCUUCUCUCCUAACAGUCUCCAUCCUGUCUCCGUAGGUGGUUACUACUGGCCACUUAACACGGCUCUCAAUCAGCCCCACGCCUUCAAGCAAAUCCAGCAAUGUCAUUCCAAUACCUGCCCGUUCGACACAAGUGAGUUCCUAUGA